UCCUGCUGCCUAUAUCGUCACGUCAUCACGUUGUGCGUGCUGCUGCUCCUUUCCGGAACGUUCCUCUUGUUAUCCUGACGGACUGAAUCAUGGCGUCUCUCUCUAUGGCCCCUGUCAACAUCUUCCGCCACGGAGCGGACGAGGAGAAGGCAGAGACAGCUCGGCUGUCGUCGUUCAUCGGAGCCAUCGCCAUCGGGGACCUGGUGAAGAGCACGCUGGGGCCCAAAGGCAUGGACAAGAUCCUGCUGGGGGGCGGGCGCGAGGCGUCUGUGACCGUCACCAACGACGGAGCGACCAUCCUCAAGGCCAUCGGCGUGGACAACCCGGCCGCCAAGGUGCUGGUCGACAUGUCAAAGGUCCAGGACGAUGAGGUGGGCGACGGCACCACCUCGGUGACGGUGCUGGCGGCGGAGCUGCUCAGGGAGGCGGAGCUUCUGAUCGCUAAGAAGAUCCACCCCCAGACCAUCGUCUCAGGGUGGAGGAAGGCCACGCAAGCGGCCCGUGACGCCCUGAGGGCCGCCGCCGUGGACAACGGCAACGACCCGGAGCGCUUCCAGCAGGACCUGCUGAACAUCUCAAGGACCACGCUGUCCUCCAAGCUGCUCACGCACCACAAGGAGCACUUCUCCCAGCUGGCGGUCGACGCCGUGCUCAGGCUCAAGGGCUCCGGCAACCUGGACGCCAUCCACGUCAUCAAGAAGCUGGGAGGCAGCCUCACAGACUCGUACCUGGACGAAGGGUUCCUCCUGGACAAGAAGAUUGGUGUGAACCAGCCCAAAAGACUGGAGAACGUCACCAUCCUCAUCGCCAACACCGGGAUGGACACGGAUAAGAUCAAGAUCUUUGGCUCCAGGGUCCGGGUCGACUCCACGGCCAAGGUGGCGGAGAUCGAGAUGGCGGAGAAGGAGAAGAUGAAGGAGAAGGUGGACAGGAUCCUGAAGCAUGGAAUCAACUGCUUCAUCAACAGGCAGCUGAUCUACAACUACCCAGAGCAGCUUUUCGCUGCGGCAGGGGUCAUGGCCAUCGAACACGCGGACUUCGCCGGUGUGGAGCGUCUGGCACUGGUCACCGGAGGGGAGAUCAGCUCUACGUUCGACCGGCCGGAGCUGGUGAAGUUGGGACACUGUAAGCUGAUCGAGGAGGUGAUGAUCGGAGAGGACAAGCUGAUCCACUUCUCUGGAGUCUCCAUGGGGGAGGCGUGCACCAUCGUGCUGCGAGGAGCCACCCAGCAGAUCCUGGACGAGGCGGAGCGCUCUCUCCACGACGCCCUCUGUGUGCUCGCCCAGACCAUCAAGGAGACGCGCACCGUCUACGGAGGAGGCUGCUCUGAGAUGCUGAUGGCGAAGGCCGUCACUGAUCUGGCCAAUAGGACCGCAGGGAAGGACGCGGUCGCCAUGGAGUCCUUCGCGAAGGCUCUCAUGAUGCUGCCCACCAUCAUCGCGGACAACGCCGGCUACGACAGCGCCGACCUGGUGGCUCAACUCCGCGCUGCGCACCAGGACAACAAGAACACCUACGGCCUCGACAUGUCCCAGGGCAUCAUAGGAGACAUGGUGACCCUCGGUGUUACUGAGUCCUUCCAGGUGAAGCGACAGGUGCUGCUGUCUGCUUCUGAAGCGGCGGAGAUGAUCCUGCGUGUGGACAACAUCGUCAAGGCGGCGCCCAGGAAGAGGGUUCCCGACCACCACCCCUGCUAGACGCGGCGGGGGGGGUUAGAGGAGGAGAUCAGCCUAUUUAUCUUCGUCCAGUUCUCUUUCUAGUGUUCUUUAAGUUUUCAUGUUCUCCAACUGUUGAAGCACCGAGUUCAUCCUGCUAACGGCUAGCCUCUGAUUAAGCCAUCGCUUUAGUCCAGAGAUGCUAAUGCUAACUUGUUUCAGUUUAGUUUUGCAUUGGUUCUCUGCAGCACUCACUAGUGAGCAGGAUGCUAGUUAGCGUGAUGCUAGUUGUGGUUUGCUGUCCUGUACUCUGCAGAAUGUUUGUCCCGACAGAAAUAAACACGAUAUGAACCGUUA